UUCUUUUUCUUCUUCGCCCACACACACACACACACACAACACAUACUCCAUUACUCUCAAUAUGGCGUAUCAGCAUCAUUUCCAACCACAGUCUCAGUCCCCUCUCCUUGAUCAUCAGUAUAACCAUACAGAAACCUUGCACUCAUUCUCCAAUGCAUUUUUCAGUUACCUUGAUAUGCACUACGAGCCAAAAGGAUCUCAGUUGCUCGAACCGGGAAAGAUGAAGGCUCUGUUAUCCCUCAUGGUGCCCAAGGAGCAUCUCCAACUUACCCUUCAACUCAGUGCACUAUUCUUGAACGCGGAUUUUUUGGCAUUUCAAAUCGAGACGGUUUUCACCACCCAUGGUCCAUCGGUUACGCGCGCAGGACUUCUUACUUUCCUUCGUUCCGAGAUAAUGGGAAAUCCAGACACAGCCUUCAGCGAGUUCAAUGCAGCUAAUCAAGUGAUGCGACUGGGACCUCCAUUUGUUCGAUCGCAGUUUCCUCAAGUAGCGGAACCAAGGGCCAAAGAACUGGCAGCAUAUGUCCAGGCCAGCAUUUGGAGCGCUGUCAAGGAUAUGGGCUGGAGUCGAGUUGACGAACAAGAGGAGCAACUAAAAGCCAUGAGAGUACGAAUGGCCCUGGAGCAGCAGGGCCAACAGGCAGCGCUUGACCUUAUCGACGGCCCGAGCGUAUGUUAUAGCUGUAGAAGGCGGCCGUGUACUUGCAGCGGGGUAUUGGGACUCAUCUAGAUAACUCAGACUAUUCUUAUAAACCGACAUGAUUUAUUGACAAGCACUCUUCUGAAGUUGUACAGGGAGGUUCUAGUGCUCUUUCACUAGACUACAAGAACAUCUACUGUUGGCAGGCAUGGCCUAGAGCCGCUGCUUUUACAUGCAUAAGUCAAGACACAAUGGAUGUUUUUAUCAUGUGGGCGUUGGUGAUACGAGGACAAAAGAUGGGCGUUGGUGAUACGAGGACAAAAGAUGGGCGUUGGUGAUACGAGGACAAAAGAUGGGCGUUGUUGA